GAGAGGACAGGGAGGGGUGGAGAGAGGACAGGGAAGGGGGAUGGAGUUGGACAGUACAUGCAGCAGUCUCUCACACUAGCUUAUUUGCACACCGAAAGAACAAAGGAAAUAACACAGGGAAUUUACUUUUGCCAGCUUCUAUGUUUCAUACAUCAGUCUAUGUGGGCAGCAGCACUACAGCUACGCCUUGCGCUGGCGGUAUUUGCAGGGAGAUCUGAGAUCCGGCGUGGACAGACCAGGAGCAGCCAGGUGGAGACCAGGAAAUCUGGAAUUUGGAAGUGGCAGCACUGGGUGUGAGUUUCUCGGGCCAAGCUGCGCGAGUUGUGUGCGAUCUGGGGGGAGGAUUUGUCCCGGAGAGCCCUGUCUUUGGUAGUACCGGCCAUGGAGGCCAGGGGGAUUGGGUCUACAAAAAUAUGCAUCACUUUGAGACUGCUUUGGAAUUAAUGAACUGGAAAUACGGGUAAUACCAACGACAGUCUUACAGAGGGUUCUUCAGGCUGGCACUGAUAAAUUAGCAAGUAGAGUAUUGCCAACCAAAGAAAAAAACAUUGUAUGAAACGGAGAACAUUCUGCAUAGAUCCUACCAUUGUCCUCCUGUCUGCUGGUGUGGAGAAAUGCUACCAUUAAAGAGCUUGGGAAUGGCAAAACAUGUGUUGGCCGGAUUGAUGGGAUGCUUACUACUAUCAGUUCAUGUUCAAGGUCAGAAUUUUGACAUCAUGCCGCACAGAACAGGAAUGAAAUCAAAUUCCGACCCUAAGAAGCUGGAGAAUGGGGUCACGUUGGCACCAGAGGACACAUUGCCGUUCUUAAAUUGUUAUUGUUUCGGGUAUUGUCCGGAAGAUGCUACAAACAACACGUGCAUUACAAAUGGCCAUUGCUUUGCAAUAAUUGAAGAAGAUGAACAUGGUGAAAUCACAUUAACGUCUGGCUGCAUGAAGCUUGAAGGCUCAGAUUUUCAGUGCAAGGAUUCUCCCAAAGCCCAGUUACGAAGGACGAUAGAGUGCUGCCGGACUGACUUCUGCAAUAAGCAUUUGCAACCCACAUUGCCUCCCGAUGGGAGACCAGAAGGAAUAUUUGGCAGAAGCGCACACCUCAUUGCUCUCAUAAUAUCCGUUGUGGUCUGCUUUUUAAUCAUUAUGGUCUUCAUCCUCGUCACCUGUGCCUACAAGCACAAGUUGACAUCUCAGAGAAUGCUGUAUAAUAGAGAUUUGGGACAAGAUGAGGCAUUUAUACCAGCCGGGGAGUCAUUAAAAGCUCUCAUUGACUUGUCGCAAAGUUCCGGUAGUGGAUCAGGGCUCCCUCUUUUGGUACAGAGAACAAUCGCUAAGCAGAUCCAGAUGGUGAAACAGAUAGGAAAGGGAAGAUAUGGAGAGGUUUGGAUGGGAAAGUGGAGAGGUGAAAGAGUGGCUGUGAAGGUUUUUUUCACUGCUGAGGAAGCCAGCUGGUUCAGAGAGACGGAAAUCUAUCAAACUGUGUUGAUGCGACAUGAAAAUAUUCUAGGUUUUAUAGCUGCUGAUAUUAAAGGGACUGGUUCAUGGACACAAAUGUACCUGAUAACAGAAUAUCAUGAGAAUGGAUCUUUAUAUGAUUUUCUAAAGUGUGCAACUCUGGAUACAAGAUCUUUACUCAAACUGGCUUAUUCUGCUGCCUGUGGCCUAUGCCACUUGCACACUGAAAUAUACGGUACUCAGGGAAAACCGGCGAUUGCUCACAGAGAUCUGAAAAGUAAGAACAUCCUGAUAAAGGAAAACUGGACCUGCUGCAUUGCUGACCUGGGGCUGGCAGUCAAAUUCAACAGUGAUACCCAUGAAGUGGAUAUUCCCCUGAACACCCGUGUGGGCACGAAACGUUACAUGGCACCCGAGGUUCUAGAUGAAAGUUUGAAUAAGAACCAUUUCCAGGCUUAUAUAAUGGCUGACAUCUAUAGCUUUAGCUUAAUCAUCUGGGAAAUGACCCGUCGCUGCAUCACUGGUGGUAUUGUAGAAGAGUAUCAGUUGCCAUAUUAUGACAUGGUGCCACAUGACCCAUCCUUUGAGGACAUGCGAGAAGUUGUGUGCAUGAAAUGUUUACGGCCCACGGUGUCAAACAGGUGGAAUAGUGAUGAAUGCUUGAGGGCAAUCUUAAAGCUAAUGGCCGAAUGUUGGGCUCAAAAUCCAGCAUCCCGUCUCACAGCUCUAAGGAUCAAAAAGACGCUUGCAAAGAUGGUGGAGUCUCAAGACGUCAAGAUUUGACAGUGGGAAUAUCUGUCAUCAGCAUUAGGACUCUGAACAGAGGGAGCAGAGUGCGAGAGGGGGCAAUUGAAACUUCAGCCUUUCCUACCUGUGGCAUUUUGCUGGCUGCUAUAUAAUGACUCAAUACAGUACUAUGUAGAAUUUUGUGCCGAGGGCAACUCCUGCUCAUUGGGAGCCUCUGUCUUUGUCAGAUCAGAAAUAUUUUUGUUUUUAUAUUUUAUCAAGACUUCUAUCAGAUUUCAAAGCUCCAGUUUAAUGAGUAAUGAAUUGCAUGCUCAAGCUAUAUUGCUUUCUGUGAAAGCAGCAACCAAGAUAAAAUCUUUUUUGUUUUUGUUUUUUAAUAAUUUUUUUUUCAUUGCUUACACACCCUGGUGGAUGGUGGAGAAGAAACGUGAGCGUUGCCUUUGUAAUAUCUGUACCUUUCAUGCUCAAAGCAAGAAUUUUUUAUUGUGCCAGAAGUCAUCAUUUUGCCUUGUUUUAAAACUCAAAUUAUUAUUUUUUUUCCUUUUUAUGAACCCAUUAAAAUGCCAAACAUAUUCUUGAUAUUACUCAUAAGCUUCCCAUCUUCACUGUAGAGAAACCACGGACCUUUCGGUAAGAGUGAACGUAAUAUUCACGUUGAAGUAGUACCAGCUUCGUUUACUUUGCUCUAAUAUGGUCUAAAUGUCUGAUAAAGAAUUUAUGACUAAAACACAAUUUGAUUCUGUGAGUUGGGGUCUAAGAAACCUCACAAGACUUUAAACAUAUUGUUGUACCAAACAAUCUAAAAUGAUGGCAGUUCAUUCAAAAAGCUAAUAAUGAACUUGUAUUUUUUGUUGCCAGUGUAAGUCUGAAAAAAUAUGUAAUAACUAAUAUGUAUCUUAUGCUUAUGCUAAAGAUGGAAAUUGGAAAUCUAGAAAAGAAAAAAGUAUAGAAAUUUAUUUUAUUUAGUGCCACACACAAGCCAUUUAUUCUAUACAUUUUACUUUUUAAUGCAAAGAAAUUAUUUUGUUAUAUUUAUAAGGCUUUUUGUGCCGAAUACUAACAAAUGUAAUUUAAUUUGAUGGUUCAGUGAACUUUACUAUGGGGGACAUUUACUAAGCAGUGAUAAGAGCGGAGAAGUGAGCCAGUGGAGAAGUGCCCAUGGCAACCAAUUAGCAUUAGUGUGUCACCGUGAACAUACCGAGAACACUUAUCACUCGCAUCUCUAGUGUUGCUUUUAAUUGUCAGCCAAACUGAAGACCGUGCCAAAGCAACACUAUUCAGUGUGCACUGAAAUAGGGAUGGUCACCAGUGGGUUAAACAUGGUGGUUAACGUCAAUGACAUGAGUACGGGUUGCCUUCUGUGCCAUUAAUUGUGGAAAAGCAUCAGAUCUCUAGCAUCGAUGACAAGACCAUCGACCAUUGGUGGCUGUUAACCCUCGAUAGCCAAUGGCCAUACCUACACUAAAAUGUUUUUCCAAAAUAAUUAUCUAGCCACAGUGUGAGGGCUGUGUGAAAACAAAACUUAUUCCUGCUUUCAGUAAACCUCAUCUCCUAUAGAGGUGUGCACAAAAAAAUAAUUAAUGAGAACCUACUGAAAAAUCACAGGUGUGAGACCACCAUUGAAGUAAUGGAAAGGGAAGAAUGCUGUACUGUGAUUUAUUUAUUCAUUUUCAUCAGUCCCGUUUUUUGUUCCAAAAUGGCCAGAUUAUUGUGCAUAUAGGCACCUUUCUGUUGUAGAAAAUAAUGAAUUUGGGAACCAUUGUAUAUAUCUAUAAGGAAACUUGUCCCCCAACUUUCAGACUAUUUAAUUGUCUGAAGUACAGUGCUUUCGGUGUCCAUAAUUCCAUAUUUUGUUGAGUUUGUUAUGCUUUUUUUAUUUUAUAAAACAAUAUGGUGUCCACAUACCUAUAAGUGCUUUUACCUUGUGUCUUCAGUUAUGCUUAAUUUUAUUAAAAUGCCUUAAGGAAAUUAAUAGUAAUAUCCAUUUCAGUGGCAAUAUAACAUUGGGUCUUAAUCUAUAGAACCAUACAUUGGGAACUAAAGAGGACUGUUUUUCAAGUAGCACAGUCUGUAUGCAAUUUUUGUUGCUAUAAUUCUUAUUAAAAACAUGAAUGUUACACAUGAAA